AUGGCGUCAUCUCUACCGGCGUUAUUCACAGACUUACAGAGAGCAACCAUCGAGGGCAACGAUGACCGUAGUCUCGAGCUUUGCAACGACAUUCUUAAACAAAGCCCCAAUGAUCAAACAGCAUUGCAUUGCAAGGUGGUGACGCUUAUUCGCUUGGGCCAGUACGAUGACGCGCUUUCUCUCAUUGCACGCAAGUUCAAGGGCACCGAUGUCGACUUAUCGUUUGAGAGAAUCUAUUGUUACUAUCGCACCAACCAACUGAAGCAAGCACUCGAAUUGUUGAAUGACAUCAAGGCAGCCAACGACACGACGAGCCCUGGUCUUUUAUAUCUCGAAGCACAGCUGUUGUAUUCGCAAGACAAGUAUGCUGAAUGCAUUGCUGUAUACGAAUCGCUUUUGGAGCAAACCAACAAGAAUGAUCCCAUCUACGAGGAGAUUCAAGUGAACUUGCUUGCCGCUCAAACGGGUCUCGCCUUUUCAGCACCAUCGUCCUCAUCCAAACCAGAGCCUAUCGCUGUUUCCAAUGAAUCGCAAUACGAGGUUGCCUAUAAUGCAGCAUCACUUCACCUUGCAAGACUUGAAUUGGACGACGCACGCAAGCAAUUAGAGGUGGCAAGAAAGACAUGCAAUGCACGUUUGACAGAAGCGGAUGUACCCCAGGAGGAAAUCGAUGAAGAGUUGGCAGUCAUUGCAACACAAUUGGCCUACACUUAUCAGAUCCAAGGCCGCGUGGAGGAAGCGAUGGAGAUCUAUCAAUCUGUAUUGGGAUCAAGUACCGUGAAGGACAUGAGCAUCAAGGCUGUUGCAUCCAACAAUAUUGUGGCAGUGCGUCAAAAGAAAAAGAAUCUCUCUGAUGCUGCACAAAAGCUGAAGAUGGCCACGAGCAAGGAAGCUGAUUCACGUUUGAAGCGAUAUCAAAAGCGUGUGAUUGCUAUGAAUGAUUCUUUAUUGCAAUUGUAUAUGAGCAAGUUUGAAGCAUGUCGGGAUUCAGCACGCAAGUUGAUUGCAACUUAUCCUGAGAAUGAGACGUUGUAUCUUGUAUUGGCAGCAGCAACUUACCAGCAACACAAAGGACAAGCUGCAGUUGAGGAAUUGAAAAAGUAUGCCGAGGAACAUCCAUCAUCACUUGCAAUCUGGUUCGCUACGAUCCAAGUCGAGUUGUUGCAAUCUCAACCAGCAGCGGCUUUGAGCACUUUGGAACAAUACCUCUCACGUGUUGGUGAAAAGAACAAAAAGGAGUACUACCGACCAGCCGUUGUUGCACUAUUGGUGUGGUUGUAUGAGCAAACUGGACAAUCCGACAAGGCAAUGGAGCUUUUGGACAAGGCAUCACAAUUUUGGAAAACGGAUGCAGACUUCAGCUCUGAGGCACCAACAUCCAUCAUGAAACAAACAGCGGCAUUCAAGCUAAAGACGGGACGUUAUCAGGAUGCAGUUACCGACUAUGAGCAAUUGGUGCGUGCUGAUCCAACGGAUGCGCAAGCCUUGGCUGGUUUAAUUGCUGCCUAUGUGGAAGUGGAUCCUGCUAAAGCUGAGCAAUAUGGAAACUCGUUACCUGCUGUUGCAUUGGAUCAUUUGGAUAUGUCGGCAUUGGAGACGAUGGUGCCAGGUGUUAAGCGUGGCUAUGUGCGGAAACAAACCAGCAGCACACGUACAAGAAAGCCCAAAACAAAAAAGAAAAGAAAACCAUUGUUACCCAAGGAUUAUGAUCCCGAGAAGACACCCGAUCCGGAGCGCUGGAUACCAAAACGGGAGCGUUCCACUUACCGCGUGAAGGGCAAAAAUAAAAAGGCCGCUGGUAAGGGUCCACAAGGCACCUUCGUAGCCGGUGGCGGUAUUGGCGGAACGGGAAGUGCUAACAUUGGAGGCAGCCGAGGAACCGAAAGCUCGUCUUCAUCACCCAAGGCUGAGACCAAGCCAUCCAAGCCCGCAAGCGCUUCAUCCAACAAGAAUGCAAACAAGAAAAAGAAGAAAAAGGGUGGCAAGACCAAAUGGUAG